UGGUCCAGCGCUUCACCUGAUCCUCAUCUUCAUCCUCAUCUUCCUCAUCUGUGGCGGACAGAAGAGGCUCUCCAUCAUGUCCACCAAAGCAGAGCAGUUUGGCUCUAAGAUUCGAUACUUGCAAGAGUAUCACAACCGUGUGCUUCACAAUAUUUACCCAGUGCCAUCGGGAACAGACAUUGCAAACACUCUGAAAUACUUUUCCCAAACCCUGCUCAGCAUCCUGUCCCGUACAGGCAGAAAGGAGAGCCAGGAAGCUUCCAAUUUGGCCGUGCCCAUGACCAUGUGUCUUUUUCCUGUGCCAUUCCCACUCACCCCAUCUCUAAGACCACAAGUCAGUUCCAUCAACCCUACAGUUACUCGAUCCCUCCUUUACAGCGUUCUGCGGGACGCCCCGGCCGACCGGGGUGGUGCCACCCAGCAGAGUCGGGAGGUUCAGCUCUCAGAGUACCCGUCUCUGGACUAUCAGGGGCUCUAUGCCACCCUCGUCACCUUGCUUGACCUGGUGCCCCUGCUGCAGCACGGUCAGCACGAUCUGGGGCAGGCCAUAUUUUACACCACAACAUGCCUUCUGCCUUUCCUUAGCGAUGAUAUUCUCAGCACUUUACCCUACACCAUGAUCUCCACGUUAGCCACCUUCCCUCCGUUCCUGCACAAAGACAUCAUAGAGUACCUGAGCACGUCCUUCUUGCCCAUGGCCAUCUUGGGUUCGACCAGAAGAGAAGGUGGCGUUCCAGCAUAUGUCAAUCUGUCGGCCUGCUCCAUGCUAAUGAUCGCCAUGCAGUACACCUCCAAUCCAGUGUAUCACUGUCAGCUGCUGGAGUGUCUGAUGAAAUUCAAGCAGGAAGUAUGGAAGGAUCUUCUCUACGUCAUAUCCUACGGCCCGUCCCAAGUCAAGCCUCCCGCCGUUCAGAUGCUCUUCCACUAUUGGCCGAACCUCAAGCUUCCGGGAGCCAUCAGCGAGUACAGAGGCCUGCAGUACACCGCCUGGAACCCCAUUCACUGCCAACACAUCGAGUGCCAGAACUCCAUCAAUAAACCAGCGGUGAAGAUGUGUAUCGACCCGACGCUCUCGGUGGCUCUGGGAGACAAGCCGCCGCCGCUCUACAUCUGUGAGGAGUGCAGCCAGAGGAUCGCCGGUGAUCAUGCCGAGUGGCUCGUGGAUGUGCUUUUACCACAAGCGGAGAUCUCUGCUAUCUGUCAGAAGAAGAACUGCAGCUCUCACGUCAGACGUGCCGUCGUCACCUGCUUCUCAGCGGGCUGCUGUGGUCGCCAUGGCAACCGGCCGGUGCGCUAUUGCAAGCGUUGCCAUGUGAACCACCACAGCAGCGAGGUGGGGGCGUCAGCGGAGACACACCUGUACCAGACCUCACCCCCCCCCAUCAACACACGCGAGUGCGGAGCAGAGGAGCUGGUGUGCACAGUGGAGGCCGUCAUCAGUCUGCUGAAGGAGGCAGAGAUCCAUGCGGAGCAGCGUGAGUUUGAGCUGAACCGGCGCCGGCAGAUGGGUUUACUGUCCUCCUCUCAUCACUCUCUGGAUAACCUGGAGUUCGACAAUAAAGAGGACGACCAGCACGACCAGCGGCUGCUCAGCCAGUUCGGCAUCUGGUUCCUGGUGAGUCUGUGCACCCCGAGCGAGAACACCCCCACAGAGAGCCUGGCCCGGCUGGUCAGUAUGGUGUUCCAGUGGUUCGACUCCACCGCCUACAUGAUGGAUGACGAGGUGGGCAGCCUGGUGGAGAAGCUCAAGCCGCAGUUCGUCACCAAGUGGCUGAAGACGGUGUGUGACGUGCGCUUCGACGUCAUGGUCAUGUGUCUGCUGCCCAAACCAGUGGAGUUCGCCAGGGUGGGUGGUUUCUGGGAUAAGUCGUGCAGCACAGUGACGCAGCUGAAGGAGGGCCUGAACAGAAUCCUGUGCCUGAUCCCCUAUAACGUGAUCAGUCAGCCGCUGUGGGAGUGUUUCAUGCCCGAGUGGUUGGAGGCCAUCCGCACCGAAGUGCCGGACCACCAGCUCAAAGAGUUCCGCGAGGUGCUCAGUAAGAUGUUCGACAUUGAGCUGUGUCCUCUGCCCUUCUCCAUGGAGGAGAUGUUCGGCUUCAUCAGCUGCAGAUUCACUGGAUAUCCAGCAUCAGUGCAGGAGCAGGCGCUACUGUGGCUGCAUGUUCUGUCUGAGCUGGACAUCGUGGUGCCGCUGCAGCUGCUCAUUAGCAUGUUCUCUGAUGGGGUGAACUCACUGAAGGAACUGGCCAAUCAGAGAAGAGCUGGAGCUGCUGACCUCACAGGAAACGCCGGACACCGCAGGGUCAGUGUGGUGUCAGACCCGGGCCGGCGGGGCCAGCACAAUAACCUGAGUCCGUUCCCGAGUCCGUUCCGCAGUCCGUUCCGCAGUCCCCUACGCUGCAGCCCCUUUAAGAACCUGGGCCACGCUGCCGGGAACUGUGCUCUGGAUCUGGACUGUGAUGAUGACGACAUGAACCUGGGCUGCUUCAUCCUCAUGUUUGACCUCAUCCUCAAACAGAUGGAGCUCCAGGAUGACGCGGUGACUGUGGGUCUGGAGGGUGUGGUGGGCAGGGAUGUGGUGGGCAUCAUCAGCAGUGUCCUGCAGGCCCCGUGGGGAGGAACACACACCUGUCAGAAGGAGGAGUCUGCGCUGGAGUGCAGUGUGUGUCAGUCCAGCAUCCUGUGCUAUCAGCUGGCCUGCGAGCUGCUGCAGAGACUCACCCCGCCGGAGCCCAUACGCCUGGUGGAGCCGUCGGAGUGUCUGGAGGAGAGUCUGGUGUUCCCUCUGGCUGAGUGCACCGUGCAGUCAGAGAGCACAGCUGAAGAUGAAGACACACCCGCAGACAACCCCGGCAGCCACAACCCCUCGCCGGAGAUCCCUCCAUUAAAGAACAGUGCAGACAGGAAGUUCUCCUACCCAACACUUCCUGUCUCCCUGAAGCUGCUCUACACUGUGUUGCAGGAGAUGAGUAAGGUGGAGGAGCCGGAUAUCCUGUUCAACAUGCUGAGCUGCCUGAAGAUCCUGUGUCUGCAUGGAGAGUGCCUGUACCUGGCCCGCAAGGACCACCCGCAGUUCCUGGCCUACAUACAGGAGAAGAUGCUCAUCCCCAGUCUGUGGUCCAUGCUGAAGUCAGAGUUCUGUCAGCUGGCGUCUCUGGCGGUCCCGCAGCUCCUGCAUGCUCUCUCUCUGGCCCACGGAGCCGACAUCUUCUGGAAGCUGGUGGACAGCAGCUUCAACAGCUCCGACUGGAAGAUACGCUUCCUAGCAGUGGAGCGUGUGGCAGUGCUGUGUCGUUUCCUGGACAUCGGCUCGGUCACUAAGAGUCACGUGCUGAAGUAUUCGCUAGCGCACGCCUUCUGCUGCUUCCUGUCCAGCGUGGAGGACGUGAACCCUGCAGUGGCCACUCGAGCCCGCCUGCUGCUGGACACCAUCAAGAGGCCCGCGCUGCAGGGUCUGUGUCUGUGUCUGGAUUUCCAGUUUGACACAGUGGUGCGUGACCGGCCGGUGAUCCUCAGCCAGCUGCUGCUGCUGCACUCCCUGAAGCAGGACGUCCCGGCGCUGAGCUGGGAGUUCUUCGUCAACCGCUUCGAGACGCUCUCGCUGGAGGCUCAGCUGCACCUCGACUGCAACAAGGAGUUUCCCUUCCCCACCACCAUCACAGCGGUGAGGACUAACGUGGCGAAUCUGAGUGACGCGGCGAUGUGGAAGAUCAGACGCGCUCGCUUCGCACGCAACCGGCAGAAGAGUGUGCGCUCGCUGCGGGAGAGCGUCAGGGGCCCGAGCGGCUCCAAGAGGGCCUGCUCACUGCCGGACACACUCACCAGCAAACUGCCAGUGAGACUGGCGAGACAGGAGCAGUCGGCUCCGCUGCUGGGAAACAUGCUGGAGAAAGUGCUGACAGAGCUGAAGUACAGUGUGUGUGUGGAGGACACUGAGGCGUGCGCGGGCGAGGGCUCUCCGUCAGAGGAUCAGUCUGCCAUCAGAGACGUGCUGCCGGAGGACGCGGGUAUCGACCAGCAGACGGUGCACCAGCUGAUGGCGGUGCUGAUGAAGUUCAUGAUGAAGGACAAGAGCAGCGCGGAGGCCGACAUCGCCAGCGCCAAAGCCUUCAACACGGUCAAGCGGCACCUGUACCUGCUGCUGGGCUACGAUCAGCAGAUGGGCUGCUUCAUGAUCACACCGCAGAAGAUGCGCUCGUCCACCUGCUUCAACGGCUUCAUCGCCGGCAUCGCUCAGGUUAUGGACUAUAACAUUGGUCUGGGAAAGCAGCUGCUCCCCCUGGUGGUGCAGGUGCUGAAGUAUUGCACGUGUCCUCAGCUGAGGCCAAACUUCCAGGAGCCGCCGCGCUGCUCUCUGUGGGCCCUCAAACCACACAUCAGGCAGAUGUGGCUCAAAGCGCUGCUCGUCAUCCUCUAUAAGUACCCUUACAGAGACAUGGACAUAAGUAAAGAGGUGGUUCUGCAUCUGAUCCACAUCACCAUCAACACACUGAACGCUCAGUACCACAGCUGUAGAUCCCACGUGUCCGCAGGCCCGCUCUACAGCGACAACUCCAACAUCAGCCGCUACAGCGAGAAGGAGAAAGAGGAGGACAGUGUGUUUGACGAGUCCGACAUCCACGACACCCCGACCGGAGCCGGCGGGAAAGAGUCGCAGACAUUCUUCGCUCGCCUCAAGAGGAUCGGCGGCAGCAAAUCUGUCAAAUACCAGCCUGUGGAGCUGAACGCUCAGAGGAGUGAGCUGGAGCUGUCCGAGUGUAAGGACGCUGGUGUUCUGCAGGACACACUGCUGUACUCGGGUCGAGAGGACAUCCUCAGCAGCAGCAAGAAGAAGCGUCUGCAGGCCAUGCACAAGCAGAAGUCCCUGGACAUCUCCAACACUGACUCCAUCCUCUACAACCUGGACGAGCACCGCCGCAAGUCCUGCAUCGAGCGCUGCGACCUGCAGAACCAGCCCUGCGCUUCCUCGUCUGCGGCCCGCCAGCAGCAGCACCGCGCACUGCACCAUGGGAAGGAGGACUCCUCCAACGGCCACUCCAUCAUGGAGCGGCGCGGCUCUGGAGCGCAGCCGGACAGCACGCGGCCCGUCAUCCCAGAGGUGCGGCUCAGCUGCAUGGAGACCUUCGAGGAUAAAGCGUCAGGUCUGGACUCCCCGAUGACCCCGCCGGGAGUCUCAGCGCUGGAUAAAGACGAUCCGGACCUCAUCGACCUGUCUUCCGACUGCACCUCCAUCCCUGAGAAGCGCUCCAUACUGUCUCUGUCCGACAGCGACUCGCUGGUGUUCGAGCCGCUGCCGCCUCUGAGGAUCGUGGAGAGUAACGAGGACCUGUUUGAAGCCCUGACGCUGCCCGGCGGAGUGCUGAGCAAAUCCCACAAUGCAUCAGGAGUCCAGCAGUGCUCCCCUCAGCACAGCACCACACUGGAGGUCUCGGACCCCUCGGUGCACAUGAUGACCCUGAAGCAGAAGCGGGAUCUGUUCAGAAAGACGUCCCACAUGCCGAACGCGUCGCUGGAUGAGUCCGGCACACACACACUCGAGGACGGCAGCAGCGUUUCUGUGUUGCUGCACAUCCCGGUGGACGUGCUGGAGUCUCUGGAUCCGCUGAACGCAGAUGAAGACGAGGCCGAGGACAGAGACAGCGAACCCAAACCAGAGGACGAGAACGAUGAGGCCGAGUUCAGGAUCCAGAUCAUUCCCCGACAGCGCAAGGAGAGGAAGAUCGCCGUCAGCGCCAUCCAGAGGGAGUACCUGGACAUCUCCUUCAACACACUGGACAAGAUGAGGGAUCCGGCUGCAGAGACAGAUCCCAAAUCUCUGUCCAGCCUGGAGAAGCCCAGAGAAUCAGCCUCCGCCCCGGCUCUGGAGGCCACGGUCCCGGAGACCAGCCACCGCUCCUCCGUCUCCACUCAGUAUCGUCAGGUGAAGCGUGGCUCUCUGGGCGCCGUCACCAUGAGUCAGCUAAUGAAGCGUCAGCUGGAGCAUCAGUCCAGCGCUCCGCAGAACAUCAGCACAUGGGACACCGGUCCCACUAAGACCAGUCUACUGUCAGCUCCCAGCACCGCCAGCAUGUUCGUUCCAGCACCAGAAGACUUCAGCGAUGAGCAGCCCACGACCAUGGCUGACAGGUGUCGUGACUGCGGGGCGGUGCUGGAGGAGUAUGAUGAGGAGACCCUGGCUCUGGCUGUGGUGGUUCUGUCCAUGUUCAUACACCUGAGUCCAGACCUGGCCGCUCCACUGCUGCUGGAGAUCAUGCAGUCUGUGGGCAGACUCGCCUCCAGCUCCAACUUCACGGGUCAGGCUGAGAGUAUGCUGAUUCCCGGGAAUGUUGCCGGUGUGGCCAAGCAGUUCCUGCGCUGCGUCCUCCAUCAGCUGGCACCAAAUGGCAUCCUGCCCCAGCUGUUCCAGAGCAGCAUUAAAGACGGCAGUUUUCUGCGGACUCUGGCGAUGUCUCUGAUCGACUUCAAUGAGCUGAGCUCUGUGGCGGCGCUCAGUCAGCUGCUGGAGGGUCUGAACAAUAAGAAGGCUCUCCCGGCCGGAGGAACCAUCCUGCACUGCCUGGAGAACAUCGCCACCUUCAUGGAGACGCUGCCCAUGGACUCGCCCAGCAACCUCUGGACCACCAUCUGCAACCAGUUCCAGACCUUCCUCACCAAGCUGCCCGCCGUGCUGCCGCUCAAGUGUCCACUGGACUCCAGCCUGAGGAUCAUCAUCUGCCUGCUGAAGAUACCAGUCACUAACGCCACCAGGAGUCUGCUGGAGCCCUUCUCUAAGCUGCUGAGUUUUGUCCUCCAGUACGGCGUCUUCAGCCUCUCGUAUCUCGUAGAGCUCUGCGGCUUGUGCUAUAAAACCUUCAGCAAGGAGCGAGAUAAGUUCUACAUGUCCCGCAUCGUGGUUCUGGAGCUGCUGCAGGCCCUCAAGUUCAAGUCCUCCAUUCCUGACACCAACCUGCUGCUGCUGGUGCAGUUUGUGUGUUCAGACAUCAACACACGACUGGCAGAGUCCACCAUCCUGCAGAAGCACAUGAUCACACCACUGCCCGGAUGUACGACAGCAGCGAUGGAGUGUUUGAGACAGUACCUGAGCGAACUGCUGGACUUCAUUGCAGACAUGCACACACUGACCAAACUGAAGAGCCACAUGAAGGCGUGCUGUCAGCCGCUGCAUGAGGACACGUUCGGGGGGAAUCUGAAGGUGGGUCUGGCUCAGAUCGCGGCGAUGGAGAUCAGCAAAGGAAACCACCGAGACAAUAAAGCUGUGAUCCGCUACCUGCCCUGGCUAUACCACCCACCCUCAGCCAUGCAGCAGGGACCCAAGGAGUUCAUCGAGUGUGUGUCGCAUAUCCGUCAGCUGUCUUGGCUGCUGCUGGGUUCUCUUACCCACAGUGCACUGCAGCAGGGCUCCUCGUGCUGUAUGCCCAUCCCGCUGGACGCCGGCUCACACAUCGCAGACCACCUGAUCGUCAUCCUGAUCGGCUUCCCGGAGCAGUCUAAGACGUCAGUGCUGCACAUGUGUUCGCUGUUCCACGCCUUCAUGUUCGCUCAGCUGUGGACGGUGUACUGUGAGCAGGCGUCCACUGCUCCCUCCAGCCAGAACCAGAACCAGAACCAGAGCGAGCUGUGCAGCGGAGCCCUGCUCACCGGCCUGGAGUUCUGGAGCCGAGUCACACCCAGCAUACUGCAACUCAUGGCACACAACAGAGUGAUGGUGGAGAUGGUGUGUCUGCAUGUCAUCAGCCUGAUGGAGGCGCUGCAGGAGUGUAACUCCACCAUCUUUGUGAAGCUCAUCCCCAUGUGGCUGCCGAUGAUCCAGUCUAACCUGAAUCACCUGUCUGCAGGUCUCCAGCUGCGUCUGCAGGCGAUCCAGAACCGUGUGAACCAUCAGUGUCUCCAGAACCCCGGCUCCAGCUCGUUCCCGCUCACGCUCCGCAAGUGGCUUCAGUGCACGCAGUUCAAGAUGGCACAGGUGGAGAUCCAGUCCUCGGAGGCGGCGUCGCAGUUUUACCCCAUGUGAUCACACACACACAGCUCCAGCAGCAGGUGUAGUGUCUGCAGGUGGACAUGAAGCUGAGCUCUUCCUAGUGUGUGUGUGUGUGUGUGUGACAGAAACAUCACAGAAUCAGGUAUAGAGGAGUGUCAGCCGGGGUGUUUUCUCUGUGUAUAAUGUGCAGAUUUUAAACUCAAAUAAA